AGUUCUGCACAAAUCACUUGCUUGGUAUGUCGUCCCUUCAGAAGAGAACUGGAUGCAACAAUUCCAGCCUUGCUGUUGCACAAGUCUGUGAUUAAGUGGAUUGUCAAGUUGGCUUAAAAAAAGCCCAUAGCAACCCAACAGAAGAUGUUCCACGUUGUUCAGUAUCGACAUUUAAGACUAAUAACCCAAAACAGUCUUUCUAGCAUGUCUUUAAAAUUCAUGCUUUCAAGACCUGUUGCAUUUGCACAGAUAUGGAAGUCAUGGUUCUCAAGCCAUUCUCUCAUUGGAAACAAAAAUAUUAUCCUGAUGGGACCUCCGGGUGCUGGGAAAACAACAGUUGGGAGGAUAGUAGGUCAGAAACUAGAUUGCCCUGUCAUAGACAUAGAUGACGAUGUCCUUGAAACAACCUGGAAUAUGAGUGUGUCAGAAAAACUGCAGGAUGUUGGUAAUGAGCAAUUUUUAGAGGAGGAAGGAAAAGCCCUGUUGAAGUUUUCAGCAUCUGGAAGUGUCAUUUCCCUUACUGGGUCCAAUCCAAUGCAUUCUGCUGGCAUGCAGCAUAUGAAGGAAAAUGGAAUAGUUGUGUAUCUGGAUGUUCCCACAACGGUCAUUAUGAGCAGGCUGAAAUCAAUGAAAGUGGAUCGCAUCGUGGGCCAGUCUCCUGGUAUUUCUCUCAAGGACAUACUUCAGUUUAGGAAGCAGUUCUACAAAAGGUGGUACGACAUCCGUGUUCUUUGUGGAGGGGAUAUUGCAGCAGAGGUUGUAGCAGAAAAGGUACUUAAUGCUGUGAAGAGAUACCAAAACUCGGAACUGGAAACUUUCAUUUCAACUAGGACUAGUAGGUCUGGAAGGAGUAUGGAAAAAGACUCCAGUAAAUAUUUCAGUGAUGUUGUUACUGAGGGCUUAGCCCCUGAUGGAGGACUCUUUGUUCCUGAGAGAGGACUUCCAAAGUUCACUGCUGGAGAAUGGCAAAGCCUAAUAGAAGCAACUUACAUUGAAAGAGCCCAGGUGAUACUAGAAAGAUGCAUACAUCCUGCUGAUAUUCCUGCUUCUAAGCUGGCAGAAAUUAUUGGAACUGCUUAUGGAGAAAACUUUACUUGUUCCAAAAUCGCCCCAGUUAGGCAUCUGGCAGGCAAUCAGUUCCUCCUUGAGUUAUUUCAUGGACCAACAGCAUCAUUUAAAGAUUUUGCAUUACAGAUGGUGCCACAUAUAUUUGCAUACUGCAUUCCCAGAAGCUGCAAUUACUUGGUUCUGGUAGCUACUUCUGGUGACACAGGGAGUGCUGUCUUAGAUGGCUUUAGUCGUCUCCAUGACACUGACAAACAGAGAAUUGCUGUGAUUAAUUUUUUUCCUGAGGAUGGAGUAAGCCCAAUUCAAAAGUCACAGAUGAUUGGCUGUCAGAAAGAAAAUGCCUGGUCUGUAGGUGUCAAAUCUGAUUUUGAUUUUUGCCAGACAGCUAUAAAGCAAAUCUUUACUAAUUCUGAUUAUACUGGCUUUCUUACAGUAGAAUAUGGAACAGCUUUAGCUGCAGCAAACUCCAUAAACUGGGCACGACUCCUUCCUCAGAUAGUUUAUCAUGCCUCUGCAUACCUUGAUCUUGUUCAUCAAGAUAUUAUUCCUUUUGGAAGCCCUGUAGAUGUUUGCAUUCCUACAGGAAACUUUGGCAACAUAUUAGCUGCUUUGUAUGCUAAAAUGAUGGGAAUUCCUAUUAGAAAAUGUAUUUGUGCUUCCAAUGAAAACAAUGUUUUGACCGACUUCAUAAGAACAGGUGUUUAUGACUUGAGGGGAAGAAAAUUAAUUCCCACUUUCUCACCAGCAGUAGAUAUUUUGAAGUCCUCCAAUCUUGAGCGAUACUUGCACCUGAUUGCUAAUGAGGAUGGACAACUGGUGACACAAUUAUAUAACCAGCUGGAAAAUCAGGGCCACUUCCAGCUACGGAAAGAUCUACUUGAAAAGCUUCAGCAGGUUUCUGGAUGGUGUUCUGAGAAGGACUGUCUAGCCGCCAUUCACUCUGUAUACAGUACUACAGGGUAUAUUUUGGAUACACACACAGCUGUUGCUAAAGUAGUUGCUGAUCGAUUACAAGAUAGAACUUGCCCAAUUAUUAUUUCAUCUACAGCUCAUUAUUCUAAGUUUGCACCUGCAAUCUUGAGGGCCUUGAGGAUUGCAGAAAUAAACCAGAAUCCGUUAAGUCAGCUUCACUUGCUGAGUUCUUACAGCCCUCUGCCUCCAGUCCACUGGAGCCUAUUAGAGACCCUGAAAAAAGGGAAUGAGGAUCACCAGGUCUGUGCUGCUGAUAUGAGUAUGCUGAUGUCCCAUAUAGAAACCUUAAUUCAAAAUCAUUUUAUGAAAGUUUUCUGAGCAACUGAUGAGACGUCUGUUGUGUUUUUUGUGAUACCUUCUUAACAAGCUGCAUGUUUUAAUAAAGUUGUGA